AGUUGUAAGCUGUAACAAGUGUCAUUGUCUCUUUCAUAUUUCCCCAUUUCUCAAACAUCCCGCCUCGUCUCGACAAACAUCCCGCCGCAUCUCAACCAACCUAGAAAACUAAACCCAAAAUCAUCCCUGAUUUCUUGCCUUCAGCAAACUCGUCGGAGACGCCAACUAUCGAACCAUCAACUACUGACCGGUGAUAAUGAGAGUACCUCACCGAAGACACCCAAAAACACUUCAUUGUGUCAGAGUGGUGCAGAGAAAGUCAAUGGCUGGAAAUGGAGAAGAGGGGAAAGGCUUGGCUGGGAGCAUUGGUGGUGGUGUCUUUGUUGUUUCAAAAUCUUAGGAUUUCGUUGGUCUCUCAAGAUUGAAGUUUGGCUUUGUUCCAAUUUCAAAGAGAAAGAGAGUGGUGAGAGAUAUGUUUGGGCUUUGGUGAAUUGGAAUAAUGGGAGCUUCAUCUCUGUUCGUGGUUUGAAGUGGAGUGCUCCAAUUGGAAAGCAGCGAUUUUUGCAUCUAGCAUCCCCAUUUCUGUCAGAGAUGACUCAUCCAUCCUCUCCAGAGUCUACGGUGCAGCCAUUUCCACGAGAGGAUCCAGCUUCCCCAUUUGAGUCAGAGACGAGUCAUUCGUCGUCUCCACAGACCAUAGUGCAGCAGUUGCCUGUGCUGGAGCAUCCGGGAUCCUCAUCUCAGUCGGAGUUGAGUCAUAUAUCAUCUCCGCAUGCCACAUUGCAGCAGCCAUUUCUGUCAGAGAUGACUCAUCCAUCCUCUCCAGAGUCUACGGUGCAGCCACUUCCACGAGAGGAUCCAGCAUCCCCAUUUGAGUCGGAGACGAGUCAUUCGUCAUCUCCACAGGCCACAGUGCAGCAGCUGCCUGUGCUAGAGCAUCCAGGAUCCCCAUCUCAGUCGGAGUUGAGUCAUGUAUCCUCUCCGCAGGCCACAUUGCAGCAGCCAUUUCUGUCAGAGAUGACUCAUCCAUCCUCUCCAGAGUCUACGGUGCAGCCACUUCCAGGAGAGGAUCCAGCAUCCCCAUUUGAGUCGGAGACGAGUCAUUCGUCGUCUCCACAGGCCACAGUGCAGCAGCUGCCUGUGCUGGAGCAUCCGGGAUCAUCAUCGCAGUCGGAGUCGAGUGAUAUAUCAUCUCCGCAGGCCACAUUGCAGCAGCCAGCUCCACAUCCAUCCUCUCCAGAGUCUACGGUGCAGCCACUUCCACGAGAGGAUCCAGUAUCCCCAUUUGAGUCGGAGACGAGUCAUUCGUCGUCUCCACAGGCCACAGUGCAGCAGCUGCCUGUGCUGGAGCAUCCGGGAUCAUCAUCGCAGUCGGAGUCGAGUGAUAUGUCAUCUCCGCAGGCCACAUUGCAGCAGCCAGCUCCACAUCCAUCCUCUCCAGAGUCUACGGUGCAGCCACUUCCACGAGAGGAUCCAGUAUCCCCAUUCCAUUCGGAGACGAGUCUUCUGUCGUCUCCACAGGCCACAUUGCAGCAGCCAGCUCCACCACCACUGUUCAUGCACCUUACGUUGUUGAAGUUAUGGCUUCGGAGAUGGUGGAUUAUAUGCAUGAUAGCAGCUAUUGGGUUCUUAUUUUUGAUUAGUUGGAGCAUUCACACAUCACAGAAGAAUGAUGCGAACAUCUGGUGCACCACUCCCAAUGCGACAGUUACCAAGGAAAGUAAUGCACCUAGCUCCACCGAGAUUCAGGGUGCCCCCAUCCUCUUUAGGACUAUCAUGGCAGCGGUUGAUGCAGCACCGGGUGAUAAUGAAUGGCCUUUCUGUAUACUGAUACAGAAAGGAGUUUAUAAAGAAAGAAUUGUGAUAGAAAGAAAUAAAAGAAAUUUGGUUUUGGUGGGGGUAGGAAUUAACAAAACCAUCAUAUCAUCAAAUGGAGCUGUCAUGUCCACUGAUCGCUAUAUUUCAGAACUCGCAACUAUUUGGGUUCUAGGAAAAAGAUUCAAGGCAAUGGAUAUUUCAUUUGAAAACAUAGGAGCUGAUCAACUAGAGAGUGUUGCAUUGAAAAAUUCAGGAGAUGAGUCUAUCUUCCAUAGAUGCAGCUUCAUGUCACAAGUAGUCUCGAUUCAUAGUGAUCAUGUGGGGCAACAACUCUACCAUGAUUGCUAUAUUAGUGGCUCACAACACUUGAUCUAUGGAGAUGGACAUGCCAUGUUUCAAAGAAGUACCAUCCAUGUAAAUAAUUUGAAGCCAGAAGUGGGGGCUGUGAUUGCACUGCAAGAAAGAAGAAGUAAGUUCUUAGUUGGUGGGGGAUUUGUAUUUCAUUUAUGUACCUUUUCUGCUAGUACCCAAAAAGCAAUUAAUUACUUAGGUGCUUCUUCUGGACCUUCAUCUUUGAUUGUAAUUAUGCAAUCAUACUUAGAUAGAUCUAUUAGUCCUUUGGGAUGGUUAGUGAAGAAUAGAACAAGGUCUAUCUAUUUUGGUGAAUACCAAAAUACAGGUCCAGGAGCUAGACUAGAGCGAACAUCUCCCAAUUUCCACCAUAUCAGCCUUAAGGAUGCUUCUUCUUUUACUAUUAGAAAUUUUUUAAGUAGUACAGUUUGGAUUUUAUGUAAAGACAUACAUUGUAAAUUGGAUUUGGCAUGAACAUUAGUUACUACUUCUUGUAAUACACUUUUAUCAUUCUAUGUAUUGUGAGUUAGCAUUCUAAUCUACUUGUUGUAAUACACUAGAUUUCUUAUGCUAUCUAUAUAAAGUCAGCAUACUGGUCUUCACAGAAUCCCUUUGAACCAUCUCUUGUUGGCUGUAAGUUAAUAUUGGAGCUUAUGUAAGUUUAUAUUGUAGUAUUGAGAGAAUCUUUGAAGAAGGUUAAUAGAUAGCUUGUGGGAGGGGGAUAUCAGCUAUGAUACAUGUAUCACCAGCAAAUGAAGCCCAGGUGUGGUGGUGGUGUAUAAAGAACAUAAUUAUUGCAACUCCCUCUGAUGUGAAGUCACUUUUGACGAGGAGAUAACUAAGAAAUUUGCUCUUGAUGAGAAGAUUCUUACGUUGACCAAGAUGUUUGUUGCCACUGAAUACAUCUGCAGUGUAGAGAUGGAGAAGGGCAGGGUGUGGGAAGGAGUAUGAUCACAAUUCAGAAGCAUAAGAUGGAGAUGAUGCUGCAUACAUGCUCAGGGAAGUAGGUGUUGAGCCUAAUGGGGAUGACGUUAAAUUGAGCCUUCCAAUUCCCAGUCAGGCAUAGUAGUGAAGGAAACAUUCGCAGCAAGACAAGGCUUUGGCCACAAGGCAGCAGAAGAGGGUAUGGGCCUUUACUAUUUGUUAUCAGUCCCUCAUGGAAGUAUAGGCGAGCAUUAUGCUGUCAUACCACAGGCAUGCCUUCGGACUCGGCGAGCAUUACAAUUCUGUGAUCCCUGGCCUGGUGAGAUAGGUACCGUCAUUCAUAUGUGAAUACAUUAGGUGUGCAAAUUAUUUUUAUUUUAUCUGUGUGAGAAUCUCAUCAGUCAACAUUUUUAUCUUCAAUUAUUAGCCAGUGCGAUCACUGCAUCCAGGUUCUAUCCAUUUUAUUUAAACCUGUUUCAGGUCUCCCCUUUAGUAUGUAAAAGUACUGAAUUGCACUGAAAAGCAGCUAGGAUUGGCUUUUUACCAAGGUGUUUUCCUUGUUAAUAAUCUACAUCAUUU